GCCAUUUGCAUCUUCUAGGAUCUCAGAGAUACAUUUUUGGAAUAUCGUAGGCGAGUAAUUCCUUAUUCACCAAAUCCAUUUGAACGGGACAGAACUAAGCAUUCUGAGAGGUCAAAUCUAGGAAUGAGGUUUACUGGUGCGGAAGCAUUUCCUUCGCAAGUAACAAUGAUGAAAAUUGGUGAAAUGGCGAAGUCUUCAUCAGCUUCUCCAGUAACAUCAGGUGUAAGCGGAUUUAAUCCAUCUGGAUCAUUAUUUGGCUCAAAAACAUUUGGUGCUCCUACUUUCUCCUUCAACACAUCAAAUGCGAACAAAACGCCAUCAUUAUUCAAACCCUUUUCUACAACUAAUACAUCACCAGCUCUUUUUGGAAGUUCCACAACAUCAGUAGCAGGACCAUUACCAGCACCAACUGCACCAUCAUCUUUUACUUUUGGUAAUACCCUAAAUUCAUCAGUUAGUGGCACAUUGUUUGGUGGAAGCGCGAGUAAACUUUUUGGACGAUGA